AUGCUCCUGGACUCCGGUUCGGAACUCUCGUUCAUCUCUGAAAGGUUAGUUUCUCUCCUUCAACUAUGUAAGAGACCACCUCAGUUACCCCUCCUGGGCAUCGGAGGGCGGAGUUCAGGACGGACGCGAGGAGUGGUAUCCAUCAACCUACGGGCUCUCCAUUCGGACAAUUCACUCCCCGUCGAGGCUCACGUUCUGCCUCGGGUCACCGCCACGCUUCCGUCGGUACAGGCCUCCUCAACCCGGUUACCUCAUCUUUCAGGAUUGCAACUUUCUGAUCCGGACUUCCUCAUUCCCGGUCCCAUCGAUAUCAUCCUGGGAGCCGAUGUGUUCGGCCGGUUCCUCUUGCCGGAAAUGGUCAAGGCUGACCAGACCUCGCCGAUCGCCCUCGCUACAAUCUUCGGAUGGGUAGUUCUCGGACCCCUCGUCGCCAGACCGCCUCACGGAGAGAAGGUAGCUCUCCACGGAGCAGCUGAUCAUGAGCUCCACGAACUCCUCACUAAAUUUUGGAUGCAAGAAGAGGUUCCUUCGAAACCCUCGCUAGCCCUCACUCCGGAAGAGCAAGAAUGCGAGGCACACUUCUCUCGCACCCAUUCUCGAGACUCCUCCGGUCGCUACGUGGUGCGACUCCCUCUCCUGGGACCUCGGACUAACCUCGGGGACUCUUACGAGACGGCUCUUCGAGGUCUUAGACGGAUUCAACGGCGCUGCACGGCCAAUCAGGCGUACGGACGCCUCUACAAGGAGUUUCUGCAGGAGUACGAAGACCUCGGACAUAUGCAAUCAGCCUCGGAAUCCUCCUUGGGCACCUCCACGAUCUUUUACCUCCCACAUCACGGGGUUUUAACCUCUAAGGGUUCGCAGCCGAAACUGAGGGUCGUAUUCAACGGCUCCAGUGCCACCUCAUCCGGGACUUCUCUCAACGACCUCAUGCAUACAGGUGCGAAACUGCAAUUAGAUAUUUCGCACGUCCUCUUGCGGUUUAGACGGUUCCGGUAUGUGUUCACCACGGACAUCGUAAAGAUGUUUCGGCAGGUCGCUGUACAUCCAGCUGAUUGGGACCUUCAACGUAUCCUCUGGUCGGACCCUCAAGGGAAGACGGUCAGCUACCAAUUGACCACGGUCACCUACGGUACGCGAUCAGCUCCUUUCUUGGCGGCAAGGGCGCUGCUGCAACUCGUGCACGAUGAAGGUCACCGGUACCCCCUCGCUGUGCCUCCACUUCUCAAGGGCCGCUAUGUGGAUGACAUUCUCGGAGGAGGCGACACAGCCAAGGAAGCCGAGGAAGUCGCGGUUCAGCUGACUCAGCUCUGCAGGGCGGGCGGGUUUCCUCUUCAAAAAUUGUCCAGCAAUUGUCCAGAGCUCCUCAAGGUUAUCUCCGGAGACGGCGACACCUCAAGCUCGACCAUGGAUUUCUCCGAUCUCCCCACAAGGAUUCUGGGCUUAUCUUGGCAACCUCUAGAGGAUCACUUCUGGUUUUCCGCUGCACGCACCUUUCGAGUUGCAGUGACGAAACGAACCAUCCUCUCGGAAGUCGCACGUCUGUUUGAUCCGCUCGGAUUCCUCGCACCCCUCACGUUACGAGCGAAGAUUCUCCUCCAGGAGCUGUGGCUUGAACAGCUUGGAUGGGACGAACCACUUCCUCCCUCCACAGCUCUCCGCUGGACAACAUUCAGAACAGAACUACAGGACCUCUCGGACCUCCACAUUCCUCGGUGGCUCAAUCUCACCCCGGAGGGUCGAGUUGAGAUUCACGGAUUCUCGGACGCCUCACAACAUGCGCUGGCUGCAGUUGUAUACCUUCGGAUUUCGUCCUCCACAUCGUCGGCAACCCUGUCGCUAGUCUGCGCCAAGACCAAGGUGGCGCCCCUCAAGAGACUUACCAUCCCUCGGUUAGAGUUGACGGCCGCUCUCCUGCUCGCAAGGCUCGCACAGAAUGUACGGAAUACCCUCGAGCUUUCCUCGGCACCGGUGCACCUCUGGAUGGACUCUGCUGUCGCGCUGACUUGGAUCAGUCAUCAUCCCUCGAGAUGGAUGGAGUUUGUGCGGAAUAGAGUCGGGGCAAUUCAAGACGCCUUACCCAGCGCUCGCUGGAAAUUCAUCUCAGGGCGCGACAACCCUGCGGACUGCGCAUCUCGAGGUCUGACACCGACCCAAUUGAAGGCUCAUACCCUCUGGUGGACUGGACCGGACUGGUUAAGGGCUCCUCCGCACCUGGAAGGGAAGAGGAGCGAAAACCUUCAAGGGAUGGAUUGCCCUCUUCGUCUGCUUUGCCACCUCGGCCGUCCACCUCGAGCUAGUCUCGGAUUACUCCUCAGACGGACCUUAUUCAGCGAUUGCGGCACCAAUUUUCAAGGCGCCGACGCAGAGCUACGCCGCCUGUUCGCCUCCGCCUCGAAGGAGCUCCACGAGCUGGCCGGACGACUGGCCAACGACGGGACAAAGUGGGAGUUCAACCCAGCAGCCGCCCCUCAUUUCGGCGGGAAAUGGGAAGCCGCCGUCCGCUCCGUCAAGCAUCACCUCAGGCGAACCAUCGGAGACACGCUCCUCGCGUUCGAAGAGCUCACCACCUUACUAAUUCAGGUAGAAGCUAUCCUCAAUUCUCGACCCCUCUGCCCCUCACUGAGGAUCCUGAAGACCUCUCCGCUCUUACACCUGGACACUUCCUCAUUGGAGACGCGCUCACCUCUGUUCCGGAACCCUCUCUCACCUCCAUAG